AUGACCGACCCUCCUAGUCUGAACACAGCUUUCACAUAUGUACGCAAGGAUGAGUCUCAGCAGGAAAGUAUCAAACAUGCACAGGUUGAAGUGUCUAGCCUAGCCAUUCAGGCCAAGUCACCGACACCUUUCCUUCAGCAGCAGUAUGCAGUCCCACUUCAUCACCAAGGUCUUCCACCAGGCUUCACCAACCGCCCUCGUCCUCAAUGCUCUUAUUGCAACGACCUUGGACAUGUUCGAGAGACUUGUUGGAAACUGAAUGGAUACCCUAAAAAGAAGGGUUAUCGUCCUAAGGCGAAGGCAGCCGCGGUUCAGUUAGUCCAAGAACCAGACUUCUAUGGUGUGGCCGGACAUGAUCAUCAUACGACAGGUGGGGCUACUCCUACAGCCUCUAUAGCUGGUCGUGGUAAGAUUGGAUCUUCUCACCAGGGAGAUAAUUGGUCGGGGGUAUCUGAGGGGCAGGUUGUUCCAUCUGGAUCAGACAUACGCAGGGGAGAAACCAGGAGCACAAUCCCGCGCCGCUUUGACUUCGAGUUCUGAUAAGCUAAGUCAAAUUUGGUUGUGGCAUCGCCGUUUAGGGCAUCCCUCUUUUAGUCUUAUGAGAAAAACCAUGCCUACUCUGUUUAUUGGUGUGGAUGAGUCUGUUUUACACUGUGAAACAUGUGUUUUGGCCAAGAGUCAGCGUGCUACUUAUUCUCCUAGUAUCUCUAAUAAAAGUGUUAUUCCUUUUGA